UGAUACUGAGGCCAGCCCAAAACAACAUGUUCCUGUCACGAACACAAACACCAGAGUGCAAUUGGCCGAUACUCCCCAACCAGCCAGCUCAUACUCACGUGAACGGCACAUUGUACUGCUGGAAUAGAGACCUUGACACUUCAUACUGGAUACACGAGCAUGCCUUUAGCUGUCUCAAUUUCGAUAGCCAGAACUGCGUGUGCCCGCGCCUCAAAGCAGACCCCGAGGUGGCUGGGAUAGGUGUAAUCCUCGCCUUCUUCAUCACUGCUUUCCUGACCGUCAUCUCCACGAUAUUCACCCUCCUCAUCACUCGCACCGAUGGCCCCUUAUCUCCUGACGGAACCUGGCCGCCUCCAUUCUCCCCGGCCCACCCUCCCACUCUCAACAAGAUUAAUCAUGUCUCAAGACAAUACAUCGCCCGACCAUUCAUUGUCUUUCUUCACUCCCAUGGAGUCAACAUUCCCGUCAUAGCCGCCUGCGCCACCGACCUCGUUAUCUCCCUCUCCGACACCCAGCUCGUCACCGGUCUCGCUGUGCUCGUCGGUGCGCUCGCCUCCCUGUACCGCAGCGACCACGAUGAACCAAUGUCGGUCUAUCAUUUCACCAUCGCCUCUGACCUGGCCUGGUUCUCGUCCACCACACAUCUCUCCUCGCUGCUGGUUCUCCGUUACCACCCACGAAUCUCGGCCAAAAAGGGCCACCGACCAACUCACAUCCGGCCCUGGACGGUGCGCCUCCCGUUAACAAUACGACUUGUCCUCAUGGCUGUUUUCGCCGCUCUUCUCCUCUGGGCCACCACGCUGGGGGGAUACGAGUGCUGGUACAGCAUCAUGGCCUGCCCCGCCAAAUGUACGCUGACACACCCCUGGGGCGGCGAGCCGGAGACGUGGGUGGCGGUGAACACGGUGCUGAUUGUGUACGGCUACUCGACGCACAUGCUGGAGCUCUCGGUUACAGCGAGGAAGUACUGGCUGGAUCAUCUGAGGCCUCAUGUUCUUACUCGGGACAACAAAUUCCCUGUGCCGAGGCUCAAGCAGGGCCUUGUCGGGAUGAUGGUCUCGACAGCCAGGAUGCUCUUGUUUUGCUUCUGGAACGCGUUGGGGUCGGAUUUGUGUGACGUGCUCGAGAUGAUGGUUUGGUUUGCACUGGGAUGUUUUUGGAUUGCCGAAGAUCGAAGAUGGGGACAGGCAGAGAUGGAAGGAGAGCAUCGACAGGCGGAGAAUCGGCUAGGGUAUGGGCAGCUAAUACCCAUCGUCUUGUUAUUACUGCCCCUAAUAGCGGUUGUUGAAUCCUACGCACACCACUCGGAAGCAGACAAAAAGAAGAGGUUUGGGCAGUGCAGUUGUGGUGGCUGUGAAUGGCACGGAUGUUAAGUGAUCUCAAGUACCUUAGGACGG